AUGGGCGACACCACAGGAUCUGGCGUCCUACGCCGUGCCUACACGCGCAGCAUGCCCACUACGCUGCGCCCGCUGGCACUGCUGGAGGAAUCCAUGGCCGAUGUGCGAGCACAGUGGCACGCAGUUCUUGCAGGGAUCUCGCCGGAUGAGGAGAACACACCAGCCAUCGAAGUGAGGGCGGCGCUUCGUCAAGUGGAGCGGCUUGCAAGUCAACUGAAGGCAAUCAAGCAGGAAUUGGUGCCGCAGAUAAAUCACGUUACAAGUCAGGAUGUCUCCGAGGAGUCAUUUCUCCAUUAUUGCACCUCAGCAGCAACUGCGGCUGCUCUUUGCGGCACUACACAACACGAUCGUGUUCGGCUGACACGACUGGCAGCGUGUGUGUGGGUUUGGUCCGUGUGUGUGGCGACAGUUUUGAACGAUCUCGAACUGCUCAGCGGCAGUCUGUCGUUCGCAGCCACUUGUGGUCUCUUUGAGGGGACUGUCGAAGAGGCAAUCACCAGUGAAGAGGAAGCCUAUGCAUUUUUCUUUGGCAAAACAGCGAGUGGCGCGACCACGUUGCGUGACAGAGAUGUCAUGCUGGUUUGUGAGCUUCUGUACCACUUGUACACGAGAAAUGAUGCAGCAGCUGAAGUGGCGGUUAGGCGUAUUACGGAGCUGAUGGACAUCAGUGGGGAGCCGAGUGCAUACCAUCUCUACAUGGAAGAUGUGCUUGAUGAUGUCACACGAAUGGCUGUGUGGGUGGCGACAGAGGACUAUGGUGCACUCAACGCCUUUGUCACAGAGGCCAUACUUGCAGAGAAGGAUGGAUGUGGCUCUGUGCCACCACUCGUUCUCUUCUUCACACAAAUGAUGCUCGACAACGUUGUGCAGCGACAGUUGGUGCAGGCCGGCUUUCAGAAUGCGUGGCGGCCCGUUGUUGGUGUGGAAGCGCCUGCAACUGGCAGUAUGGCAGAGCCGGUGGAGUGUCGCGAUGCGUUACGGCACUGUGCUGUGGAGAGCAGGAAAUUCCUGGUGUGCCGGAUACUGCAGUGUGAGAGUCUGCCACCUCGUGGCGCCUGGCCUUUUCCCGCUGAUUUUGCCGACAAUUACUUCCGUGUGGACUGGUGGGCCCGUCACGAGGCCAGCUGA